AUGGCCCUGGAUAAUUUAAACGGGGACGAGCUGGCUUCCUCGUGGAGUCAAGAGAAACAGCCAGAAGACUCGCCGCACGCAGUAGUAGAGCGACCAGUCUCAGUUAUUGUUGUUAAUCCCGAAGGAAUGGAUGCACAUGCAAUUAUGGACGAUGAAUCAACAUUAGAAACGAACACGAUCGAUGAGGAUUCAAAUGGAGUCAGUACACAAGCAUCUUCUAUUCAUGAUUCCGCUCCGACAUCUCCAAAAGACGACAAAAUGCCUAGUGACCAGGCAAUCGAAACACAAAUACACGCUCAAGACACACCACCGACACCGACGCCAACACCAACACCGACAAUACAAAUGCAAAAACAGACGAACACUCCAGUAAUAGCCUCUGCUACAAAGCCUCGGCCAGUGGACGAAGUGGACGAACCUAGCCGCUUUGAUCUCAGCGCCUUACAGAAUAUCCUGCCUGAAUUUGCUGGACCAGUCACUCGCUUUUACCAACACAAAAAUAUAUUGUUGACUGGUGCUACAGGCUUUGUUGGAAAGGCUGUGCUGUGGAAGCUCCUCCAAGCGCUUGGUCCAAACAUUGGAAAAAUAUAUGUCUUGAUACGCAAUGGUAGCAACAAACGUAGCAAGGUCGGAAGACCUACAGAUCGUAUUCGGAAUGAAAUAUUAAGUAAUAAAGCCUUUAUCUCUCUGAAACGCAGUAUUGGAGCAGAUCUGUUCGAUGCUAUUGUUAAGGAAAAAAUCAUUCCUAUUGCAGGAGAUAUAAUAUCCCCUGACCUCUCUAUAACUGAAGAAGACCGAGAGAUGAUAACGCGUGAUGUUAAUGUCGUUAUUCACUGUGCAGCCACAUUGGAUUACCACGAGCGAUUGGAUCUCUCACUUGAGACUAAUACACUUGGUACAUUGCGCUUAAUGGAUCUGGCGGACGAGUGUAAAAAUAUGCAGGCCUUUGUUCACAUGUCCUUGGCAUAUUUAAAUGCGAACCUCCCUGAUGGCAACAUUCAGGAACGUGUAUACCCUAUGGAACUUGGUGAUCCUGAGGAGCUAUUAAAGGAGAUUGUUGGUCUUGAACUUCAGGAUAUCCCAAAGGCAACCCAGCGUAUUUUAGGACACUAUCCAAACACCUACACAUUUACGAAAGCACUUACAGAGCAUCUUAUUUUGAAAAGAGUUGACUAUAAUCGAUUAGAAGAAGUUCAAGGUGGAAAGACGCAAUGGCCGGUGGCUAUUGUUCGUGCAACACAGGUAGGCGGAGGUGCAUAUGAGCCUCUUCCUGGAUGGGUCGAUGGUGUCACGGGUGCAAACGGCGCUAUUGUAUUGAUGGGAAAUGGUAUCCAAGUGCUUCAGCCCGAUAUUGGCGAUACUAAGGCUGAUAUUGUACCAGUUGACUACCUGGCAAGGAUAGUGAUCGGAAGUGCAGCAUAUAUCCAACCACCAGGAAGCAAAUUUCUCUUGCCCUACAAUGAGAUCCUAGCCAACAAUGCUCCUGUUGGGAACUCCAAUAUUCCCCACAUACAAUACUUUCCUAUUAUAUACCAAGUGUCUGCCACAAGCAUUGACUCUGUGAGUUGGCGUAAAGUGUAUGAAUCAUCUCGCCAUUAUUGGAUGCGCACCACAAAGAUUACUCUCCCUACAGCAAAAGAGCAUUUUGUGUCCAACAAAACGUUCUUUAAGGCAAAAAUAUUCAUGAGAAACCAUAUGCAUCAAUCUUUUACAUCCGUGUCAACCACGAUCAACACAAAUAUUGGCGUCAAUGGUAAUACAGGAAAUCGAUCUGAGCCCAGCCUUGCCAGUCGUGCCAUAGAACUGGCAACUCGUGUUGUGGAAGCAAAUCAGCCAUUUAUACGCCAUCGCUGGCAAUUUGAGAACCAGAAUGUAAAAGAGAUGCAUUCUUUCUUGGAUGAUGACUAUGUUUUUUCGUUGAACGGAUACCAGCAUAUAAACUGGGAGAGAUACGUGGCAAACUACAGCUAUGGUGCACAUAUAUAUAUUACACAAGGUCCGCCGGGAUCCAGAAGUAUCACUGUACCUCUUCAAUGGGACUGUGCUCUUUAUUCCAAGUUCUCAAAUGCAAAGAACUCGAUCAUUGACCGGCAAAUUGAGUCUGUGAUAUUUAGCGCGUCUGAUAUUGAAAAGCGUACCGAACGUAUGCUUACACAAAUAAUCAUGUCACUGGAAAAACCUGAUAAUGAAUCUAGAGACAAGAAAAUGAUAGAGGAAUGGGUCAAUGAUUUUGAUGCUAGUCUUGACGAUUGGUGUCAUGAUGAUUCCGAAAUCUUAAAAGACGGAGCGACUACAGCUGACUUGGGCCGAUGGUCUGUUAGCGUAGGAGAAGAUGACCAGUCUCUCAAGGUCAUUGUUCUUAAUGAUAAGAGAGUAGGAAAUAGUAUUCGCCAGAUAAUUGAUACUUCGGGGGUCCCUCAACAAACAGUUGUUGGAGAGGCAUUCAAAGUUUUGCAACGGAUGAAAGAACGGACCCAGCUUGCGUACGUCUGGUUUGCUGGUGCCUUCCUUGACUCCUUAUUUAAGAAUCUUUUCACCUCUAUUCGCAUUAAGGAGGGGGAUCUUUUGAAGAUGAAAGAAAGCAUUAAAGGCAAAAACGUUGUCUAUGUACCGGUAUCCAAGACAAUACUUGAUCAGCUUCUGGUAUGGUAUAUUUGUCUUCGCUACCAUUUACCAGUACCCGCGAUUGUUUGUGAUGAAGCACUGGCUUUAUUGGGACCUAUCUCGGAUAUUCUUCGUAUUGCUGGUGCUUAUUUUGUCAGGCGAGAUCAGUCUACUCGCUCUCCUUUAAAUACGGCUGUGGCAGCUGCAUACACUGAGGCACUUCUUCAUGACCAUGGUGCACUGUCUAUGCUAAUUGAAAAGGCUCGUUCUCGUACUGGCAGACUACAAACUGUUUACAGAGAUGGUGUGCUCGAUAUGAUAAUUGAGGCUACCUUGGAAAGAAACCAAACCAAACCAACGUCACGCCAGUCAACACAACUUCAGGCACAAUAUCAAGAAGCAUAUGACAAUGGCAGUAGCUCUUCUCUUGUUUCUAAAGGAACUCUAUUUGUUCCUAUUAACAUUACAUAUGAGAAGAUUCCUGAGCUUCGUACUCUGAUUGAUCAAGUACUCGACCAAAAAUCACGUGCUGGCGCAGCGUCAGCUACACGACUUACAGCACCUUCAACUUUCCUUAGACCAAGCGCAUCUUUUGUGGGUCGUGCUGCAAAUAAAGAUAAUGGGACAGUAGAGCAAGGAAAAUACGGCCGUGUUUAUAUUGGCAUAGGAGAUUCAGUUGAUUUAAAGCAAAGGGUUCAAGAAGCCCACACUGAAUUUGAAAAAGAUGGAACUAUGGCUAUCAACGAGAAGCAAGCUUAUUCUACUGAGUAUGUUGCAAAGGCUAUUCAAAAACACCAACACAGGGCAGCGAUUGUCAGCCCUGUUUCGUUAGUUGCAGCAGCAGUUCUUUUUGGAAGGGCUACAAACGGUCUUCCAAUAGGAAAGAUCUAUGAGUAUGUUGAAUGGCUUCGAGCUGAAAUAAUAGAAAAGGGGAUUUCACUUGACUGGCAAGCUGAAGAAGAUGUCGAGACAGUAGUAGCAUAUGCACUAAAUCUAUUAGAUGCAAAAACAAACAUCAUUCUGGAUGGUAAACGUAUAACUGAAUUCACAAACGUAAGAGUCAUGGACCAUGCCGAUAAUAUUAUGGAUCUUUCUUACAUGGCAAAUCAGCUUGUCGAGAUAUUACUUCCCGAAGCAUUUUUUGCGGUUUUAUAUCUCUCGACUGGUCCAAAGAGAGUCUCGAAGGAUGACUUGCUCAGACAAUUUAACUUUUUGGUUCAUCUAUUUAAAGAUGAAUUUGUAUAUCCCUGGGAUAAGGAGCAGGAAUUCUAUCGUCUUCUAGAGUGGUAUACUAAAAAGGACAUUUUGACGCUUGCUGAAGGAGAUAAUACUUAUUAUAAAACCUUGACGAUGGACUCUGAUCACACUGUAUAUACGCAAAUCUGCCUGAUCGCUUCGUUCUUAUACCCGACUCUCGAUGCCUAUUGGAUCACAUCAUGCUCAUUGUCAGCUCUUCGCGAUUUACCAUACAUACCUCGUAAAAUUGUUCCUAUACUAUCUCAGUGGAUUGCAGCCCAUUUGAUCAGCGGGAGAAGAACAAUAUAUCGAGAAGUAUUAUCUACAGAGGCAAGCCAAAACGCCGUGGACAACUUUCUGGUCAUUGGGUUCAUUGAUGCUGUUCAUCCAAAAACAAAGCUUUCUCCAGAUGCACAAAUUCUCUUGCUUGAGUUGGGUGUAACAACAAACGAAGAUUUAGUUAUGGUGUCCAAUCGAGAAAAUAUAAGUACUGAAAGUGAAGUUGAUUCAAACAAAGCAAAUGCCCACGAACAUCCGGAUAGUCUCAGUCAUUUGAAGGAUAUUGCAGCACUUUGUCAUGAAAUCGAAAGAUAUCGAUUUGGUGCUGAUGCACAAACCAGAAAUCAUGGCCAAAAUGCCCAGGUGUUUGAUAAAUGUCAGAAUCAGAUACGCAGCAUCUUACGCGCCGAAGAAAGUUAUGCCACACAGCAUGGAAUGGAGCUCAUUAGGGACGAGGAUCAGAUGAUACAGCUGGUCUAUUCAUUGAAAGCAGGGUCAGGAGCAUCAAACCCAAGGCGAGUAUCCGAAGUUUAUAAUCUCAAAUCAUAGAGUAGGUUUUUAAGAUGCAUUAACAAACACACCAAGAAGUCUUGUUUCGUUUUGUUUCACUUCAUUUCAUUUUAUUCUUACUUUUUUUACAUUUUAAAUAUAAAUAUUAAAUAUUAAAAAAAAAUAACCUGUUUCUUUACCAAACUCAUUUUAUAUAAAUAAACACAACAAUCAAUAUACUAUUAUACAUUUGAUACUCUCC